UUUUUUCUAUAAAUAACGAUACUUAUAUUAUCCACAAGGUGGCGCCCCAUGAUUAGAUUACAGAAGUUCUCCUUGUACUCAUGUUAGCUGCAUUGGUGAAUUGUAUGGCUAGUAUUGAUUCCAAACUAAAUAGGUCUUACUAGGUAAACAGACAAUAAUCUCCUUCAUUCCAAAUAAGCAGACCCCUCACAAUAUUCAGAAAGCUUCCAAAGCAAUCAAAACAUAUUAGCUACAUACUAUUAGCUCACACUAAGUGUGCGUUAAACUGACCAGCAGGCAGCAGGAAAUGAAUCAGUCAACAACAAUAAAUAUAGAAAACUCACACGGUCUUAUCUGAAUGUGAUAGUGUGACUGCUUGUUUAAUACCAACAGCUGCUUUGCAUGUCCAGUCAGAUAUUUUUAGCUUGCACACAAGAUCUCAAAAGGCAAAAGGACAACAGCUCAAGCUAUCACUCCACACAAAAGACUGUAAAUGACACACUUUUGAUAGCCAGAUUGAUCAAAUGGCUCUUAUGAUGAAGCAUGCAUGGAUAGCUGUGCUUUGUGUGGUAAUGGCAGCCAGACUGGGCAUCUCUCAGGAGGAGAACACAGAGCUGGCUGAGCAGGACAGUAGGGAACCUUGUGCUCGCUGGAUGAGGGGUGUUUCUGGAACCCCAGGGUUCAAUGGAAUCCCCGGGCGGGAUGGACGUGAUGGGCGUGAGGGGGAGAAGGGAGAUAUCGGAGAUCCAGGCCCCAAGGGACCAAAUGGAGAGCCAGGUGAACCAGGGGACGAGGGACCUGCAGGCAAAAGAGGAUUUCCUGGUAACCCAGGUCUGAAAGGAGAAAGUGGAGAGGGUUUUCCCUACCACUCUGCUUUUAGCAUGGGCCUUACAGCUAAAAUCAGCCCCGCUAGUGGAGCUCCCAUCCGCUUCACAAAGACCUUCUACAAUGAGCAGCACCACUACGAUGAAAUCUCCGGAAAGUUUCGCUGUGCAAUCCCUGGGAUCUACUACUUCACAUAUCACCUCACUAUCAACGGGAAGGAGACUAAAGUAGCUAUGUUUCGAAAUGGCCGGACUGUGGCUUUCACUCUUGACCAGUUCCACAACGGAAAUCUGGAUCAGGCCUCCGGAGGGGCGAUUUUAAAUCUGUCUGCUGGAGAUGAGGUUUGGCUACAGUUGUAUGAUGACAUAUUUGAUGCAGGGAUUUAUGCUGAUAACAACAACGACUCCACCUUCACUGGCUUCCUUUUGACUCCUAAAAUCUUAAGCAACCCAUUUGACAACCGCAGACGAUGACACCAUCUAUGUGGAUGUAUUUGUAUACAUAUGUUCACUUAAUCUCAUUGCACAAUCAGUUUAAUGCAGCAUGCAGAGAUUAUUUGCAUUGGGUUUUUUUAUACUGUCAUAAGCCCUGACAUUUUUAGAUUUUUAGGCCUGAUCACAGGGAGUCUUCCUGCCACCCUGCUAAACGUCACAUCUAGCCAACUGGCUUCCUUUCAAUACAGCAGUUGUUGUGUAUUUUAGCACACAUCAUCCUAGCUGAUACUUUAAUCAGUGUUCAAGGUCAGUAUAUGUCAUCAUACAUGCUGAGCUAUGACCUUAUAAUUAUAUUUUUGCUUAGAUUGUGUGUUGGGGUGUAAAAUACUUUUGAUCUUGUAUGUUGCAGCAGCUCUUUUGGUAUACCAUAGUUUUUAAUUAACCAAAAUAGCAUCACAGCUGUUGAGAAUUUAUAUUUAUUGAUGCUAAUUAGAAGUAUUUUAGGCUAAUGGAGGUCUCUGCGUCACAUUGUGGAGUGUUUUAUCAUCUCUCUAAACUCCCAAGUUAUGUGUCAUAUUACUGACACUCAAAGUUUAAACUGUGAAAGUAACAUAUGUACUGGUGGGGUGCUUGUUAUUAAAAAUGGAUUUGUAUGCUAA